AUGGCUGAUAAUCUCAAGGAUGGGAAAGAGAAGAGUGGUCGUGGUCGUGGUCGCGGUCGCGGUCAUGGUCAUGGUCAGCCCAUGUCUCGCGAUGUACAAAUUUCCAAGGCCAUGAGUCUGUUGCUGCGGCACGCGGCCGAGAAGGAGGGCCUGAAGAUGAACGCACAGGGCUAUGCAAGCGUCGCAGACGUGCUACAAUGGCGAAAGCUCAAGUCCAUCAAAGUCACCUUUGACGAAGUCCGCCACGCCGUCGAAUCCUCCGAUAAAAAGCGAUUCGCCCUUCUCCAUGUUCCCUCCGCACAAGCGACCGGAUCUACAUCCAAGGCUACCACUGUUCCCGUCACUACACCCGAAUCCGAAGGAGUGGAAGACGCCAAUGCGCCUACCACGGGAGAGGGCCAGCCAUCCAGCUCAGUACUGGAGACUCUCGUCUCAGCCGAGGACCAGCAGAGUGCGACAGCACAAGCACUCUCCGUUACAGACACCGAUCCGUCCAAUUUCCUGAUCCGCGCUACACAGGGUCACAGCAUCAAGACUGUGGAGGCAGCAUCAUUCCUUGAACCUCUCUCGCUAUCCGACGAGUCUAAGCUACCCGAGACUGUUGUUCACGGUACAUUCCAUGGCGCAUGGCCGGCUAUUUUACAAUCCGGUGGACUGCAGUGCAUGGGCCGCAACCACGUCCACUUCGCGACAGGUCCGUCCUUGGAGUCGGUGUUGGUGGCUCAAAAGGAAGAUGUGCAGAGGAUUGAGUCCAAGGAUCAGGUGAUCUCGGGAAUGCGCAGGGAUGCGCAGGUUCUCAUCUACAUCGACCUGAAGAAAGCUUUGGCGGCGGGUUGUCCAUUCUGGCGCAGUGAGAACGGUGUAAUUCUCAGUGAAGGUCUUCCUGUAAGUCCAGAAGAAGGUGAACCCGAUGGCAAUCAGCACAAGAUUGUCUCGGUGGAUUUCUUCGAUGUGGUUGUGGAGAAGAAGGUUGGCCUGGGCAAGAUCUGGGAGCGUGGCGAAGUGUUGCAAGAGUUACCUGCAGAUUUGAAAAGUAAGGGAACACCAAAGGGCCACCUUAAGGGUAACCGACGAUAG